AUGAGUAAAUUGAGUAAUGUUUUGGCUGAUGGUGGACAUAAUGUGGUGAGUUUUUCAUUAAUUUAUCAAGAACGUCUCUAAUUUUAUGACCUAAAGUAAGUCAAAAUUCAACUUCCAGACAGCCUUGUUUCUUCAUCAUUUACCAAUGAAAAACAUGGAUAAUUUGAUAAAAAACAAGAACAUUGAGGUAACUCUGAAAGUAAUUUUAAGUAUCAGCAAAACAAGAAUUAUUUCAGAUCAUAAAUUAUUAUCCGGCUAAUUUUGAUACUCUUGGAGAUGGAGAAAGAGACACAUUCCACGAAAUAUGGGAAUCUGUUUUUUAUAACAACAAAGUUCUUGGAUCAUUUGUUAUGCCAAGAGCUAUGGCUCAAAAGUUUACAAAUCUUGCAAAACGUAGGUUUUGAUACACAAAACAAAAUUAAUGAUAGCAAAUUUUAUAGAAAUGCUAAAUGACAAAGAGUUGCACGAUCUUUUGGAGAAUAAAAAAUUUGAUGCGCACGUUGCAGAAACUUUUGAACUUUCACCAUUCUGUGAGUUUUCUUUCUCAAUUUUUUGAAGCAUCAACAAGUUUUUCAGAUCUUGCGCAUCUCAUUAAAAUACCAAAAACCAUAUCAGUAUUUUCGGCUUCAAAAUUUUCAAUUCAAUCCAUUUUUGGGCAACCUAAUACUCUUGGUUAUAUACCUGGAGAAUUUUCGAAGUUUGGACCACAAUCAGGAUUUUUUGAUAGACUCAAUGAUUUUUAUUAUUUAAUGACAGCCAAAAAAACAGAUUUUGAUAUGAUGGAAUUUCAAGCUUAUGAAUUUUCAAAAAUGAUUGGAGAUGAUAUAGAAGUCCCAACAUGGCAAGAAUUGGUUACAAAAUCCACUUAUUAUUUUUUCAAUUCAAAUCCAUAUCUCGAUUUUGCUAUGGCAAAUGUUGGAAGUAUUGUGAAUAUUGGAGGAUUCACAAUUGAUAAAUCGAAAAAAAUUGAUGAACUUCCGGAAGAAUAUGAAAAUAUUCUGAAAGAAAGACCAUCCACUGUUUUGAUAUCAUUUGGAUCCGUUGUACGAUCUUAUCAAAUGCCAGAAUCAUAUAAAAAUAGUUUUCUGAAUUUAUUCCAGUCGCUUCCAGAUAUCACUUUUAUUUGGAAAUACGAAAAAGAUGAUGAGAUGUUGCAAAAAAUUCCGAAAAAUGUUCAUUUGAAAAAAUGGGUUCCUCAGCCAUCUUUGUUAGCAGAUCCCCGUGUGAAACUAUUUAUAACUCAUGGAGGAUUGGGAAGUACAAUGGAAGUUGCAUAUGCUGGAAAACCUGCAUUGAUGGUAAGAUUUGUUGAAUGUUUCAUCAAAAAUACCUUUUUUUCAGAUUCCAUUAUUUGGAGAUCAACCAAAUAAUGCAAUGAUGCUUUCUCGACACGGAGGAGCACAAGCAUAUAACAAAAAUGAUGUUCCAAAUCACAAAAAACUUGUUGAUUCAGUGAGUGAAAUAAUUGGAAACUCGGAUUAUGACAAAAAUGCAAAACAGUUGCAAAUGAUAUUGAAUAAUCAACCAAUUGACCCAAAAGAGAAUCUCCUCAAACACAUGGAAUUUUCCGUGAAAUUCCCAAAACUGAAAACAUUAAUCCCUGAAAAUAAUAACAAUAAUUUUAUUGCAUAUUAUUAUAUUGAUGUUUGGUUGUUUGUUGGGUUUAUUUCGAUCUCAUUUUUAUAUUUUUCUUAUCGAGUUUUAGUUAGAUUUGUAGUUCGUUUAACUAAAAAAUCCAAGACAGACUAA